UGUUGUUUGUGCUGUGGCCCGUAGAGAUGAGUACAGGAGUAGAAGGGAACGGGUUGCUAACGGAGCUAACUGGUUCCUCUCGGUUACCUAAACACGGCUGGAGGUGUUCAUGUUCUUCACGGUAGGCUUUGUUUCCUGAAAAAAGCCCGCACUGGAAUACAUUACAUCGCUGCUAACAGGCGAAUAGACUGGUUAUUCCCGAGACGGAGCAACAAAGCCGGUGUGUGGGUCGCAAAUCUGAGCAGUGCGAGUGAACGUUAGCUGGCCUAGCCGGACCCGGGAGCUCGUCUCCCAAAAACAAGAAUGGGGUCUACGUCCUGUCGGAUUAGCCUGCUACUAAAGUGACCUUUGAUUGCGUUCUCCGAUGGCUAAUUCCGCGAAUUACCAGGAAGGCAAGGCGGCGAUGCUGCUGCUGGUCGCGCAGCAGAGGGACGCGGGUACGAAACCUGCGGUCGCGAAUGGAGACGGCUCAGUCGGGGAACCCCCUUCCCCGUUAAUUAAUAUCGGCGGCGCUGGAGCAGCAGCAGCAGGAGGAGGAGGAGGCGGCGGCACUCGUUUCCACCAACAUUUGCCACCACACAACCUCUUCCACCAUCACAACCUCAGCCACGAGUCGCCAAAGGAUCAACAGCAUCACUACCAGUUCCUCUCCGGGGAGAGCAGCACGGAGUCCCCGGGCAGAAAAGCCUCCUCAGCGAGCCAGGUACACACCGCCGAGGACCCCGCCGCUCCUUCAUCCUCCUCCGCCGUUAGCUGCGGCCAUGUAUACGCGGCUGUGACGGUCUCUUCGGACGUGGUUGACGAUAUUCGAAAAUGUGGAUACUUGAGAAAGCAAAAACAUGGACACAAGAGGUUUUUUGUGCUUCGGGCUGCCAGCCACCUGGGACCGAGCCGCUUGGAGUACUAUGACAGCGAGAAGAAGUUCAGAAACAGCCUCCGCACCGCUGCUGCUGCCACCGCCGCCAGCGGAGGAGCGGUCGCUCCCUCUCCCCCGAAAAGGGUUAUUUACCUCUACCAGUGCUUCACGGUAAAUAAAAGGGCGGACUCUAAAAACAAACACCUCAUUGCCCUUUACACUAAGGACGAGUACUUUGCUAUUGUGGCUGAAAACGAGCUGGAGCAGGAGGACUGGUAUGUGGCCAUCAGUGAGCUGAUGAGCGAGGGCAAACGGGGACACCUGGACUCUGAUGACUUGGAUGAUGGGUACGGCACAGUCAGCCCAGGUACUGUGUUCAAGGAGGUGUGGCAGGUCAACGUGAAACCCAAAGGACUGGGUCAAACCAAAAACCUCACAGGUGUUUACCGGCUCUGCCUCUCCACCAAAACCAUCCACCUGGUGAAGCUGAACUCUGAAACCCCCUGUGUUAAUCUCCAGCUGAUGAACAUCAGACGUUGCGGACACUCUGAAAGCUUCUUUUUUAUCGAGGUUGGCCGCUCCUCCUCCAUCGGACCUGGGGAGAUAUGGAUGCAGGUGGACGAUUCAGUAGUGGCCCAAAACAUGCACGAGACCAUCCUGGAGACGAUGAAAGCCCUGAAAGCUUUUGCCGAGUUCCGGCCGAGGAGCAAAAGCCAAUCGUCGGGCUCUAAUCCCAUGUCUUUUAUCACAACGCGCCGCCACCUGGGCAACCUGCCGCCGAGUCAGACGGGUCUGCAGCGGAGGUCGAGGACGGAGUCUGUGGUUGGCACACCGCCUUCGAGUAAAAGCUCCGGGGCGAGUGGCUAUCGCUUUCGCACAUCCAGUGAAGGCGAGGGCACGAUGAACCGGCCCUUCCGCUCAGCCACAGGAAGUCUGGUCCACCUUAACUCGGCUCGUGCUCCCCAUGGUCGUCAGGACGGGGUCGGCGGAAGCAAUUGGAGUGGCGUAGCCGCAGGGAACCCCGGAACAAGUGCUGGAAGCGGCCGCUACAUCAGAGCAAUCCCAGGCUCCUCGUCCACCUGUCACGCCCGCUCCGCAUCACUUCCUGUCUCCCACUUUCCUUCCACCACCAGCCCAGUCAGCGUUUCCUCCAGCAGCGGCCACGGCUCUGUCUCAGACACUCUCACCCGCCCCUCUAGUGCAUCAAUCUGCGGCUCCCCAUCAGAUGGAGGCUUCAACUCCUCUGACGAGUACGGCUCCAGCCCUGGAGACUUCAGGUACUUCAGAGUGAGGAGCAACACACCCGACUCUCUGGGCAACACCCCGCCCAUCAGAGAGGAAAACUGUUUAAAUGAUUACAUGGCCAUGGGCUGGAACCGGGAAGUAUUCGGCACCAGUGUCGGAUCAGGAAACAACAGUGGAGCCGACACGCCGCGCGACGAGAGCACAUCGAUAGCAGAGGAUGACCGGUUUGCCUCCUCUUCACUGAGGAGGAGGAGGACUCACUCAUUCUCCAGAGCUGCUGCUGGCGCCACUGGAGGUUCUGGAGUUGCAGUUUAUCAGAAAAUGACCCAAACAAACUUCUCGCUGGAGGAAGGUUCAGAUGUGGUGUUACCAUUUGGCAGCGGGCUGCUUCGCGGUGGGCCGUCUUCCUCCUCCUCCUCGCUCCGCUCUGACUACAGCUCCUGCUCGGAGCACAGCCAGCAAAGCCGUCCCUCCACGCUCUCCCGGGCUGAAGCCGGUGCUGAGCGCCCGCUUCUCUCCUGCUCGUCUGCCAAGGAAGAUGGCGGCUACAUGCCCAUGAUGUGUGGCGUGGCUGCGUCGCCGCGGGACACCCCUCCUGACUACAUGCCUAUGCAGCCCGCGUCCCAUCCCAAUGUGUCCCACUCUCCCCAGUAUAACAGUCCAGCUUUAGGUCCACACUCAGCCCAUCAGCAUCCACAACUCCAGACGCAAUCUUCCACAGACUCUCAUGGCUACAUGAUGAUGCUCCCAAGGGGGAGCAGCGCUUCUCCUUCCCCGGUGCAGGUGUCUCCGAGCCCCCACAGUAACGCUGCUCCUGUGAAUAGGAGCGACAUCAUAGCUGAGAGACCUGAGAAUGGAGAAUAUAUGGACAUGUCCUACAGCAGCAGUGGUGGACGCAGGCUCAUAAAUGAAGACUGUGGUGGGUAUUACACGCCUGGAACGCCCGAGGGAACUGUCAAGUCUUACAGCCCGUAUUUUUCCCUCCCCCGCUCCUAUAAAGCCCCCACCAGAGAACAGGCUGAGAAAGAGGAUGGAGAAUACGUACCUAUGAGUUCCCCAGCCAAACCAGUAUAUUCAUCUGUUGCAACCGCAUCAAUGUCGAUUCCACAGAAGAGGGGUGGCGGUAGCACCCCCUCCCACCCUCCACCCCCCUAUGGAGCCCAUCACACAACUGCAGUAAUGAGUGACAGGCGGAUCGUAAGGCCGACCCGCCUUCCUUUAGGCCGGAGGAGCUUCCACGGUCCUGUACGGGUUGGCGAACCCUCCACAGCCUCUGCAGGCACCUCAACCUCAGUCCCAGCGACAGACGGCGCCCGCGAGGGCCCUUCCAGUCCUGGGGAGUAUAUCAACAUUGAGUUUGGUGAUCACUUCCCUCACCAACAGCAGCCCCCUGAUUAUCCGUUCUCAGCCCAGGACAAGGCUCCCCUUCUAGGAUCCGGUGACCUCCGCUCUUCUCCUUCCCAUUUCCAGGACUACAUGAGUGUGGAGGUGGGGGCAGCCCCGCAGGACUCUGCUGGGUGUCUGGAUAAGAACCAGUCACCCAGGCCCAGCCUCGUGGCUCCUUGGAACCCACCCAGCUACAUCCGACCACUGGCCAACAAUCCCGGGGUGCAGGCCUCCCCUGGAGUUCAACCGGGGGGUCACUGGAGGUCAGCAGGAGAUGAUUAUGCAGACAUGACCUUUAACCUCAACAGAGGUGAGAGGACUCAAACCAGCCCUACAGCCAUGCUACAGAAUCUCUGUUUAAUAGAGGGGCGCUACGAUUAUCCUCCCUCCACCUCCUCCUCAUCAGUUUCUCCUCCUCUGCCUCCAUCGAGCCCAGGCAGGGCAACGCCGCACCAGCUGGAGCCAAAGGUGGUGCGAGCAGAUCCCCAAGGCAGGAGGAGGCACAGCUCUGAGACGUUCUCCAGCUCCUCCUCCAAUUCAACCCCCUCUGCAGGAGGACUUGGCCCGUCUUCUUCUGCCACCCACCCCUCGCUGGCGAACCCCACCGCCCCCAACGGAUCAUGCCAAACAGAGGGACAGGCGUCCAGAUGGGCUAGCUCGGCUUCUUUUGACAGCGUGUGGAUGUCUGUGGAGGGUGUAGGGGAUUCGUCCACUUGCCACGCCCAACUAGGAUCUACGGAGACAGACUCCAGGACAUCAGCAGCAUCCCCCACCUCAGGGGCCGGAGCCAGCAGAAUGUGCAGGAACAUGUCCGCUGGCUACCAAAACGGCCUCAACUACAUUGCCUUGGAGCUGAGAGAGGAUGGGAGUAAUGUGGAAGCUGUGAUGUCGGGGAUGGCGCCCCUACCGGAGAACGGAGCCUACGCCAGUAUAGACUUUACCAAAUCAGAUGGCGUCACCGCAACACCUAAUGAUUGAGCAACAGAGGUUCAGUGUGUGCCUCCUCCUCCUCAUCAUAAUCAUCAUCGUCAGCUCAUCUCGGGGCACUUGACUCUGCCUGUGACCGCUGGCCCUCUCCUCCUGUGCCAGUGACCUUUGACCCUCAGCCACUCUGAGAAGCUGCUCCCCUCUGGUUGCAGAGAGCGUUACAGAAAACACUUGUGUUAUUUUUAUUUCUAAUGUUUUUCAUGGGCAAAUGUUUCCUGUGUUUUAUAUGCAUAUGUCAUCCUGUUAAUCAUUUCACUCGAUGGAUGCUGCUCCCCCCUCCCCCACCCGUUUAGUCCAACACACGUACCCAGUAGACGGCGGUCAGUGAACUUUGACUGAGGGACAGCAACACAAGCAAAGGUAGCUUUUUCUUUUUGUUUUUUGGCCAUUUGGUAUUAAAGGGAAGUCUGAAAUGAAAGCAAAGGCAUUACGGUACAAUUUAUUUUUUGCUGUUUUGAGCCUGAAAUAUUAACAUUUAUAUUUUUUCCCACCAUGGACAUCGGUUAAAUUUAACCAUGAAAAUAUUUUUAUAUAUUUUUUAUUUCUUGUAUUGAUUCUAAUUGAGAUUGUACAAAUUAAUCUAACUUAUGUUGGUAACAAGCUUGUUUUCCAUGGUACGACAUGGCGCCAACACCCUUUCCUGUUACCGUGUUGCGCAGUGAUGCAUAAAUAUCCAAACGUGACUGAGUAACAUAGCUGCAACACUGAUAAAGCCCCAAAAUAAUUCAUGUAUUAAUAGGAUUUGCAGCACAAUAAUUUGUUAAAGAGGUACAGGUACCGAAGUUUGCUUUGCCGACUCAGCAAAUACGCAGCAGGGCGGAGAAAUAAAUGAAAGAAAGAAAACACACCAGUCAGUGGUUUGAAACUCCACAUUAGUGAGCAUGAAUAAAGAGAAUUAAGACAAUCUGAUUGAUGAGCUAACGGCUAGUUCAAGCAAGGUCAAAAUCCGAGUGCUUUGCCGCCAUUUUUAACAUUUACUUUAACAAAAACUUUAAACAUUCAUUUUCCAGUAACUUUAUGAAAUCCCUGGGAUGUACCUACAUGCUACAAUCGGUUGGUGCUGGUGAUACUUACACUGUAAAAAAACCAAAACUUCAAUGUUGAAAUAAGCAUGGAAAAGUUGAGUAAAAUAAUGCUGCAAGAGACUGUAGAAAUAGUUUUAAAAAUGUGACAACCCAGCAUUGGUCUUUGCUGCACCCAGCCUAGCUGUUUGUUAGCUCAUUAAUCCUGACCACAGAGGGUUCCGGAAGCUAUCUACAACAUGUAAGAUAGUGACUACAACUUGCACAGAAACUACCUUUUGAAAUGUGUUGUUAGUCUCUUUAACACAGGGACUCCAAAGUUUUAAUAGACAUCUUUUAUUGGUAGUCAUACAAAAAAAUACAUAAAAGGAAAGUCAAACUGGGAUUGAUGGAUAAAAGUUUUUCCCCUGCUCUGCUGCUGACGGGGUUAUCUAAGUUUUUUGCACAACGCACAGCUGCCUCCGUGUUUUAAGAUUAUUUAACAUUUUUAGUUUUACCUCAUACGGUCCUGAAAACGGUUCAAUUUAGAGAGAGAGAGAGAGAACCUGCACGCACAGCGGCUCUGUGAAAGCACAAAGUACAGGAAUUAUCAGCUGCUUCGGAUCACGUGUGGUGUCUGUCAGCGGCUCGGAGUGACGUCAAGAGUUUCCAGUAACUGGAGCUGCAGGUGCAGCAGGAGGGGGACACACUUGAGCUGUAAGAGUGAACACUCAUCAAUCACGUUUUUAUUAUUUCUAAUCUCCCAAACAAACGUUUCCUUCAAGAGAAAUAAACAGAUGGAAAUCUGUUAUUUUCUGCAUAAAUCUAAAGUUUAAGACUUUUUUUUAUUAGGUUAUUUUUUAUUUAAUUUGAUUUUACUAGUUGGUGGCCUGUCAUGUUGCCGUUGGCAUCACGGUGCGACACAGCAGGGAUGUGGAGCUGAGCGGCCUCCUGAUAACCAUAUUUUUAAAUGUUUUUGAAAAGCAGCUCGGACGGAGUUCGGUUACGUGCUGGCUGAAGUUCAGCUGUGAUCCAGAAGUUCCAGAAACAAAUGGUUAAUCGUCAUAUCGGUGCACGUUAGCUUAAAAUAGCUGCUAUGUAUUGGCACUGCGCUAAAAAGAAGAAAAAUGCUGAUUCACAACUUAAAAUCAGGAAAUCCUACUGAACGCUCUGUUAAAAUGACACAUCUGAAGCUUCAAUUUGUGUGGGAUAAGUUGAGCAUUUUUGAUGCUUGGGUGGUUUUAAUGCUUCAAGUCUAUUUAGCUUUUGCCACACUUUGUUUUUAUUUUCUUUCUCAAUAAAAAAAUCACAUAUCAGAUUUAUGUGAUAGUGGGACGUUAUUCCAGAUUAUUUCCAAAUCUAAAUCUCAAUCUGAUUUGCUCCUGAUCUUCUGUCUUUCCCACCAUCUCAGCCCCUUUUUUAAACAUUUAAAUCUAGUGUUGACAAACGAGUUUGCGUGUUUCCCGGUCUCCGGUUGUUGGGAUGGAUUCUCGGAAGCAGACCCGUGUUGUAACAAUUUGAAUUGAGACCCACUAAAUGCUGUUUAUGAAGAUUUAAAGCCUGUGAUGUGUCUUAAAUGUACAUUAUGAACAAUUUGAGGUAUUUUUCCCCUGCUGAACGAACAAAGAGUUAAAUAUGAGAAUAUAUCUGCCACAGUGGCCAGAGGGAAACAACUUUCCCCGGUGAAAUGUUUCUGUGUACGUACGAGGCUACAGCGACAUGUUUUGCGUUCCAGUUAAUUUUUUUCUUAGUGCAUUAAUAAAAAUGGUAGUGGUAGAUUUUUCGGUGGGACGAUUUUGGAAAUGAUUCCCCUCUGUUUGUUUAUGUUGGGUUGCCUUUUCUGUCCAACUACCCCUUGUUUAAAAAUUAUGAAUUGAUUCCAAAAAAAAAAUGUUUAUUUUGGCAACAAUGCGACCUCAGACUUGUCCUUGAUGAUUAUUUUUGUCUUUAAUAGAAAUUACUUAUCUGCAUUAUUAUGCAAUCUUUUGUUUCCUUUACAAAUGGAUUUGUGUUAUUUUGUAUUCUAGUUUACAGAAAAACAAUCUUAUUGGUUGUUUUGUUGUAUUUAAGGCUUCUCUGAAACUGAAGCCUUGCCGCUUCAUUUUUAAAGGUACAUUUGCAGUUAUUUGUACAAAGACGGGGGUUAUGACUUGUGUAAUGUGUGUGUUUAUUUUUUGUAAAUUUGUUUGCUGCUGUGUAGUACAGGAGAGAGUCAGUGGCAAAAACAUUAGGAUCAAGAUUAUUGCCUUGCUAUCAGGCACAAGUUUGUUUUUUAUCCCCAACUGCUGGAUACUUUUGAAACUUACAGGAUUUUGGUGAGAGAUAAGGACGUGAAUCUUGUUUUCUUCAUUUUUCCAAUUUGAAUGCUGUUGUUUAUUAGCUUUACGGGAAUACGAGAGUUUUACGGUACUGUGGAGGUGUGUAUCCUUCGUAUGUGCAUUCAUUUUUCAACAAUGUACGUCCUAUAUAAAAAAAGAAAAAUUAGCUAAAAGAUGGAAGCAAAACUGUUGCAAAUGGAGAUCCUCCUUGUGUAAAUAAGGAAAGUUGUUGCUUUUUUCAUGUUUUGAUUGGCGCCUUGGCUGGUGCCCCUUCCUCGUUUUGUUCUGCUUUUGUUUCUUUUCUCCUUUUUGUUUCCUCGUGGAGAGAAAAGGGGGCAGGAGGGGUACUCGGACGCAGUUUGAGCAUCAGCAUAGUGUUUAUAUUUAUCAAGACUUUUUUUGCUUUCGAUAGAGCUAUUGCAAUAAAAAUGUGUUCAUGUAAACA